CCCGCUCCCUGGCUUCGCGUGUCCGGGUCGCCCCGGGUGUUUGUUUUUUUUGCACGUGGGAACGCGGGUUGGGACGCGGGUUCCCCAAAAGAUGCGGCUCCUUCGCGUCUGGAAGAAGAUCUGGGCGAGGAGGGGCGGCCCACGCCGACAAUACACGACAGCGGCUCUUCCGUCCCAAGUUGCCGAGCGCCUGGCGUUAUACCAGCGGCUGAAGGCUGCGGCAGACGAGCGCCAAGCUGAGCAAAGCCUCCGGGGGAAGCGCCCAAUCUUGGUUUCCUUGCCAGGCGGCCGAAGCGUCGAGUGCGAAUCCUGGACGACCACCCCUUAUCGGCUGGCCUUGCAGAUCAGCCAGAGUCUGGCGGAGACCGUGGUAACGGCACGGGUGAACGGAGGCCUUUAUGACUUGGAUCGUCCUCUGGAGGGUGACGCCACUGUGGAAUUUUUGGGGUUUGAUUCUCAGGCCGGACAAGAGCUGUUCUGGCAUUCCAGCGCCCACCUCCUGGGCGAGGCUGCUGAGCGCUUCUAUGGUGCCCUGUUGUGCCGCGGGCCCAGCACCGAGCAGGGCUUCUUCUAUGACCUGUAUCUGGACGAGGAUCGGAAGGUGUCCAGCAAAGACCUCCCUGACUUGGAAGAGCUCUGCAAAGCGACCGUCGCAGCCCAGAUCCCUUUUGAACGGCUGGAGGUUUCCCGAGAGGAUCUGCUGGAGCUCUUUAAGCACAACCGAUUCAAACUGGAUAUCAUCAGACGGCGGGUGAAGUCUCGGACUGCCACCGUGUACAGAUGUGGGACGCUAGUCGACCUCUGCCAGGGCCCCCACCUCCGGCACAGCGGGGAGAUCCGAGCCCUGAAACUCCUCAAGAACUCUGCCACCUCCUGGCAAGGAGGCCCCUCCGGAGAGUCCCUGCAGCGCAUUUAUGGCAUCUCCUUCCCCAGCGCCCAGCAGCUGGCCGCCUGGGAGGAGGCCCAGGAAGAGGCUGCCCGGCGGGACCACCGGCGUAUCGGAAUGGACCAGGAACUGUUCUUUUUCCAUCCGCUGAGUCCCGGGAGCUGCUUCUUCCUCCCCAAAGGGACCCACAUCUACACAACCCUCAUGGACUUCAUCAAGAGCGAGUACCUCAAGCGCGGCUUCUCCGAAGUCGUCACCCCCAACAUUUUCAACGCGAAGCUCUGGGAAACCUCCGGCCACUGGGAGCAUUACGGCGAGAACAUGUUCUCCUUCCCGGUGGAAGGCCAGACGUUCGCCCUCAAGCCCAUGAAUUGUCCCGGCCACUGCCUCAUGUUCGGCCACCGGCCCCGGUCCUGGCGGGAGCUGCCCCUGCGGCUGGCUGACUUCGGGGUGCUCCACCGCAACGAGUCCUCGGGGUCUCUGACGGGGCUGACGCGGGUCCGGCGCUUCCAGCAGGAUGACGCCCACAUCUUCUGCUCCAUAGAUCAGCUGCAGGGGGAGAUCGGAGGCUGCCUGGAUUUCCUGCAGGCCAUUUACUCCGUCUUCGGGUUCACCUUCCGCUUCUUCCUCUCCACCCGCCCUGAACACUUUCUCGGGGACCCCCCGCUCUGGGAUCAGGCCGAGCAGCUGCUGGAAAAAAGCCUGCAGGAGUUUGGCCAGCCGUGGGAACUCAACCCCGGGGACGGCGCCUUCUACGGGCCCAAGGUGGACAUUCAGAUCCAGGACGCUCUGGGGCGAUACCACCAGUGUGCCACCAUUCAGCUGGACUUCCAGAUGCCGCUUCGCUUCGACCUCUCCUACAAGGGAAGGGACGGCGGGGCCCCCGAGAGGCCGGUCAUGAUCCACCGGGCAGUGCUGGGCUCCGUGGAGAGGAUGCUGGCCAUCCUGGCCGAGAACUACGGGGGCAAAUGGCCCUUCUGGCUGUCCCCCUCCCAAAUCAUGGUGAUUCCAGUGGGCCCCGACGCAGAGGAGUACGCUGGCGAGGUCCACCGGAUCUUCCGCCAGGCGGGGUUCCAGGCAGACCUGGAUGCCGAUUCGGGAGAGACCCUCAACCGGAAGAUCCGAAAAGCCCAGUUGGCCCAGUACAACUUCCAGUUUGUGGUUGGCCGGAAGGAGGUGACCCAUCGCACCGUGAACGUCCGCAGCCGCGACAACCACCGUCACGGCGAGAGAGAUUUGCACCAGGUGCAGCUCCGGCUGCGGGAACUCCAGGAGACGCGGGUCAGAAACGCGGAGGAGGUCUUCUGAGCCAAGGGCAGGCGGGGCUCACGCGGCCUUUGUUCCAAGGGCCUAGUCCUCACUGAGGAGCGCCAAGGCUGAGAAGGGCUCAGGAUCUCCUUCCUUGCUGACCGCUUCCUUGUAAACGCCUCCCUCCCUCGGUGGGCAGCACAGCUCCCUGGAGCGCCUGGCAUGACCUGGGCAGAGUCACCUGCAGGAGGACGUUACCUGGGCCUUCUCCCUCCGGAGGUCCUGGGAAGCUCUGGGACUCUGGGCCCUCCCCCCCCCACUUCCCUGGAGGUCGGCCUGGCUGUAUUUGGGGGAGGGGGUGCAAAGGCCUCUCCUGGCCAAGGAAGGCAGCCCCUCCCCCUCCCUCCCUCCCUCCCGGGGAUCCUUGGAUGCCCCCGCUGAUAAGAGCUGACCCCCCCCCCCCCAGAGGCCCCAGGACCGAGGCAGAGGAAGCUCUGGGGGUGGGUCCUGACUCAGGAGCUGCCCCCCCAGCCCCACUUGAGAGCUGGAAAUGCUCCCCCGAUGCAGAGGAGGGAGGCUGGGGGUGUGUGUGUGCAAUUGAAGCUUCCUUGUGACCCUUCCGGUCUCAGAAAAAUGCGUGGCACGCCUGUGAAUGCUCUGGGGAACUGAACCUCCACCUUCCGAGGCAGUCUACCUCUGUGUACCGGGAAGGCUCUGCUUUCUGGAACAGGAUGUGCCAGCCAGGCCGGAGCCGGCCUUGGUGACGUGGCGGCUUCUCCAGGUUCCCAAAAACAGUUUGGCCCCCAGACUCAGGUGUGCCGGGACCCAGGCGAGGUCCAAAACAGGCCUGAGCGAGACCGGCCGCCGCUGCUGCACUGGGGGUUGCAGCCCCUCCUCCCUCGGGGCUCCCUAACCCUCCGUGGGGGGCACAGCACUUUGAUUCUCCCCAAAGCAGCAGAAUGAAAUAAACCUCCUUCAA